AUGACAGGAACUUCUUCAAACUUGAUAGUUGCUGUACGAGUUCGACCGCUUAACAACUCGGAAAAACAAAAAAAAUACUUUCAAUGCGUAUUUCAAUUAGAUUCAAAGAGAUUACUAUUAGUUGAUCCAGAAAAGUAUGAGAAGAAUGUGUUAAGACAAAACAGACAACACGAAAGGCAAUUUACAUUUGAUUAUACAUUCGGUCCUUCUGCUACUCAAGAAGAUGUUCAUACAUCAACAACAGGACCAAUUAUUGAAGCUGUCGUUAAGGGAAUUAACGCAACUGUUUUUGCAUACGGAGCUACAGGAUCUGGUAAGACGUAUACGAUGCUAGGAACAAAAGAAAUACCUGGAUUGAUGACGUUGUUGACUCAAGCGUUGUUCGAAAAUAUAGAUAUGGAUGAGUUUUCUGUUCAAAUGUCCUACCUGGAGUUGUAUAAUGAGGUCAUCAGAGAUUUGCUUAAUCCCAAUAGUGGCACAUUGGAAAUGAUGGAAGAUGAGCAGGGUAAUGUACAAGUUAUUGGAUUAUCAUCAGUUCGUGUAAUGAAAUUGAGUACGAUAAUGAAUCUAUUACAAGAGGGCAACCUUAGACGCACACAAGAGGCCACUGAAGCCAACAAAACAUCUUCCAGAAGCCAUGCAGUAUUGCAGGUGAAUUAA